UUGUUCCCUGUGUGUAGUUCAGUCUAUGUUCCUUCCUACAGCUGGGCUCAACACUGGAUUCUGGGUUUCCGGACUGAGAGACCACAGUCAUUCCACAUUGGGAAAACCAUCUCCAACUCCCAACACACUGAUAACUGGGACACCUCAAGGUCGUGUGCUCAGCCCAUCACUUUUCACACAGUAGUGCAUUCACACAUAAAACCUAAUGAUUUAUUUUAUGGAUGAUACCACAGUAGCAGGACUCGUUUAUUGGAUUGGCGAAUCAAUGUACAGGGAGGAGGUCCAACAGCAAGAUUAUUUCACAAUAAUGGUUUGAAGAUCCAAUUGUCUCAUGUUUUUAUUUAACGGUCUCAUUUUCUUGUACACUAUAAGUAAAAAAAAUCUUUAAUAUGUAAAUGAAAAAUGCCUUUUUUCCAAACCGUCAACUAAGCAGAAAAAACUUUUUUAUUUGUUGGUCGAUCCUCAAGUUUUGAGCGGAAACGCCCGUUUUCGCAUGAACGCGAACCGAGCCUGCAGCGGAAAACCGGAAUCCACCCGGGACCAUCACAGACGUUCACGUUUGUAUCAGCCAGUUCUUCAAACAGGCCUCCAUCGGCCCAACCCAGAGGAGCAUUUCUGAGACGACGCAGUUCAUUUUUAGUAUAUUUCUCCGGUAACCUCCUUCCAAGAUGAGCCUGGACUGUCGUGCUCCCAACUUCUCCAUGAUAAUAAACCAAACAUUUGUUGCUGACAAGCUGAGCUCACUUAACAUUUUUAACAUCUCCCUCCUUGGAAUCGUGUCUACUAUCGGGAUCAUAGAAAACCUUCUCAUCCUGGGAGUAGUAGGCUUCCGUGUCAAUCGCUCUAUCAUCAGCAUCUGGAUCCUGAACCUGGCAGCGUCGGACCUGCUGGCCACAUCCACCCUGCCCUUCUUCACCCUCUACUUAGCCCGUGGAGGCACCUGGAUAUUGGGCUCGACUUUCUGCCGCAUCUAUUCCUCCAUCUUUUUCCUCAACAUGUUUGUCAGUGCCUUUCUGCUGGCGGCCAUUUCCCUGGACCGCUGCCUGGUGGUGGUGCAACCCGUCUUGGCUCAGAACUACCGAAGCUUACAGUUGGUGGGCAAGAUUUGUGUUGGGAUUUGGGCCUUUGCUGUGAUCUGCACUAUCCCCUUUUUCAUGUUCCGUGAUGCCAUCCCCCUUAGUGACGGCAAAUUUCUGUGCUACUACCAUUACUCCUUGUAUCUCCCAAGCAAGCCCUUUGACCUGAAAGCUCUAUGUAGGCAACGCAAAGAGGGUUUGGCUUUUAUGAAGCUCUUUUUUGCUUUUCUUAUUCCUCUUAUAAUCAUCAUUCUCAGCUAUGUGGCUGUGAAUGCCAGCUUAGCACGCAGAGGCUGUCGGAGACCUUUUCGUUUUGUUCGACUCGUGAUAGCUGUGGUGGUGACCUUUGUCCUCUGCUGGUCUCCAUACCACCUCUUUAUCAUCAUAGAGGUGAUGGCUUCCAGCGGGAGUCCUGCUCAGAAGGUUGCAACCAAAGCCCUUCCAAUUUCAACAGCGAUUGGCUUCCUCAAUAGCGUCCUCAACCCCAUCCUGUACGUCUUCAGCUGCCCCGACCUGUGCCGUAAAAUCAGACAUUCACUCGGGGCGGUUAUGGAGAGCGUCCUGGCUGAAGAUCUGGCUGAAUUCUCUCGGCGUCGCAGCACCGCUCGCAGCUCCAUCAGCAACUCAGAGUAUGCCAUGAAGAAUAAAUUUUCAACUAAAAUGUUCAGUCUGAAACCAGAGGAUUCGAAACUGGUUGACUCAACUGAGACCUGCAUUAUGACUUCUUAAAGACUUCUUAAAGAUAAAAAGAAGGCUUUGAUUUUAGUUCAGCGAGAAAAGCCACUGAGGUCUAUACAACAUACUGUAAAAUAAGUUUCAUUUUUCAAUUAGCUUUUAAACCUAUUGAUUUUUGCUUCAUCAUUGCCCUUUUCGAUCUGUAAAUCUUUCUGCCAUUAGGAUACUUGUGUUUCAUGGUGCCUCUUGCUGGAUUGAAUGAAGGUCAAACUCACUGGGAAGAACAACAAUUCAGAACUAAGGUUUCAAUUCUAGGUUUCAGGUUUGUUUAUUGUUCAUCUCAGCACCUAUUUCAGAAAAAAACAGUAAAGUACAAAAGACUUAAGUCACCCCUUUCUGUCAUUAAAGAUUUCUGAAGGUCUUUCAAAGUCUUUAUCCUUUUGGCUUUGCAUCGGGAGCGUUCCAGGGAGGACUGUAGGUUGGUGUUUUCUCAUUUACAUCAGCAAUCUGUUUCUUGGUUGUGCUGGUUAGCUGUCUGUCCGUCUUAUCAAUGUUUAGGGUCAUCAGUAGGGUCGUUUCAUGUCAGCACCCAGCAUUAACCUCCACAUUCACUUCAAGCCUAUGAAUUUUCAUUUGCAUCGGUGCUUUUUUCCUGGAGAAGUUUUUUGUAUCUUUUUUGUAGUUUUGACUGAGAUAAGAAGUAAAGAGUAAAAGAAUCCAAGCUAACAAAGCAAGUGGAGAAAGGAUACUGUUGACCAUAACAGUUUACUGAAUUGGCAGAAGAUUCUGGCUCUGAAAGAUAUCAGGACUGACAGGUUCUCCUCUGGUGCGUUCGGGCUGACUGCGAAUGAUGUGACAGGAGGGAGUGAUUUACAUGUUAACCCUAUGUAGAGGCGCGUUCAGUACCGAAGUGAUGCCAAGGACAUGAUUCAAGUUUCGCAAUUAGGGCGAAUAAAGCAAACGUGAAAGCAAAGUGAAACCCGCGAUGUACGCGAAGCAAAUUUCGAUGGAGUUGAAAAAUCUGAACUUUUCUGUCAAUUCGUGUUGCGUCUAUAGCCCUCUUUUCCGCACAAAAGUUGCCAUACAAGUAUAAAACUCACAGCAGUUGCUCAGGGUAUAUCUAUGUUCAUCAAGGAAAUUAUAUUUUAUUCAUAAGUAUUUAAUUUUCAGAUGCAUAUCUCAAGCUCCUCCUAUUUGAUGACGGGGUGGAGCGUUGUUGUCCGUUGGCCACGCUAAUUGGUGGCAAAAUGUCAGGCGAGCGACAGCACGCGAAUGAGGUGAAAAAUUGGCUGGAAUCGUGGUCGGUCUGAACGCACCAUUGGUCUGCCUCUCUAACCACUGGGGUUCCACAAGGUUCAGUUUUGGGUCUAUUAUGAUUUUCCUUUUAUAUCCGUGAGCUCACCAUUCAGUCUUUCUCUGACACCUAUCACUUACGCUGAUGAUAUUUAGUUAGAUAUCUCUUUUAAGCCCCACCAACUGAGUAGUCCUUCCACCAUGGUCCAAUGUUAACCCAGAUCAGUGAAUGGUCCUCUGUCAAGUUUAUUUUCUAAAAUGCAAACAAGACAGUGAUUCUGAUAAUACCUCCUUCUGAAUUACACUGUAAUAUCAAUAAAUCUGUUAUUUCUUUCUGCUUGGAAAAGGAGGCUAUUAUUUCCUCUCAGGUCGCUAUUUUCUCCCUUUUAAAAAUAAGAUAAUUUGAAAAACUGCCUUUUGUAUUUACGAUAUCCUUGUUUGUUAUUAAAGUUUGUAUGACUUAAAAUAUUCAAGUGACAAAAAAAACAAAAACAAAAAAAAAACCUUUUUGCAUGCUCUGUAAGUUUUUAACCAAACAGGUUUUGAUCACAGGCUCAGAAGCUGCUGAUUGUCCCUCAUACAAAGUUAAGAACUAAGGUGGACGAGUCCUUUCAGUCAGUGUAUCCAGAACUGUGGGAUCAUCUGCCUCAAACAUUUCCUUGUGAAGUGGAAACCAGUUGAACCCUGUUUUUUACUCUGGCUUGCAUUUAAUGAUCUUCCUGUGUUAAACUUUUUACUCUGUUUUACAUUGUUUGUAAUUAGAUUUUAUCUGUGCUGUAGAGCAUUUUGUGGGAGUGGGGCUUUAUGAAUAAACUUUACUUGCAAGAUUGUAAGAUUGCAAGUAAAAUACAUUGUAACCCCAAAUAAAAUGUAGCUGAAAAUAGGGGAUUAGCUGAAGGAUACUGCAUCUCUUAGGCCCCAUAUAUUUCUUAUAAGAAGCAGCCUUCAUAUACUGGUCAAAAUAAAACCUCAGAAACAAUUAAGAACGAUUCAUAAGGACCUCUUUAAAAGAUUGAAAGAAAGGCUGGUUCAUUGGUAACUAUUUAGAGUUACACAUUCUCACAGCUCUGUGUGGAGUACUUUACUUUUGUUGAUUGUGUUUACUGUGGUGUAUUUAGUAUGACAUUAAUAACUGUAACAGAAAAAAAGUUGUUUUUGAGGCUCAAGGGUGCCUCUAAAGCAGCAAACGUGUUUGACCGGCUGGUCGCCGAACACUUUUGCAGAUGAAACGGUGCAGUUGCGUACUGGAUGUUCUAAAACCUUUUACUAUCUCUUUGCUGAAGAUUACAAAACAUCAUGUUAUUUCCUCAUUUUGGUUUAGGUGUUUACCAGUAAUGGUUUGCUGAGUCAAACCUACACUGUUUUUCAAUAAGUACAAUUUUCGGCAGAUCACAGAUGCCUGAGAUGUUGUGUCUCAUUGUAGAUGUUAUCAGUGUCUGCAGGUGUUUAUGCAACCAGGCUGCUUUGCAGACAGUUUUUCUCAAAUAGAUUGACUUCCUCUUAAACUUGUAUUAUUCAAGACUCAGGAUAUUCUUGUGAAUCUUCAUUGUUUUAUAAUCACUGUUUUCAUGGUUGAAAAUGACAUUAAUAAAUCUAUGUUAUAGAAAUAAGAA